AUGAAAGUCAUAAGCAUUUUGAGCGGACUCCUCCUUGUGGCAGCCUGCCUUUUGAGGAGCAGCGAGGCGGUGUCCUGCACCCCUGAUCCUAGCGUCGCAGGAUGCAUCGACUGCACCGAUUCCGCCAACGCUUCGGAACCGGAUUGCAUUGCUGACACGGCAGCCAACGCCGCUGCCGCCACUCCGGCUACCCCAUCCGAUUCCGCCACACCCUCGAGCUCAAGUGGAAGCAGCAGCAAUGCAAACAGCGCUGCGGCCAGAAGGCGGGCUGCCAGGAGAAGGGCGGCCGCCAGAAGGAAACGCGCAGCCGCCGCACGGAGGAGGGCCGCCAGAAGGAGGGCUGCCCGUAGGCGCCAGAACCGUUCCGGUUAG